CGAACAUGUGCAACUGUAACAUCAAGCAUGGACCAUUUUCACUAGAUCUGCAUCACUGUACUAAUUAAAUGUAUUAAAACGACUGCCUAAAGUAUCUUCACUCACUGAAGAAAAUUACCAAUGGCAGAUUUGUUUUGGAUACGUUGCGCAUGCGCAUACAAACGUACAGUUCUCCACGUUGGACCAGACGCAAUCAAUACAUAGUUGAGUUAGAAGAUUCUCCAGUUGGAUUGAAUACAUUGUAAGAAGUUCAAUAAACGGCAAAUAUAAAGUUGCUGGUGAGUAAGAAUUGCUCGUUAGUUGCGUAGCUUAAUUUGUGUUUAGACAAUUAGUUUGAAGGCAAACGUCACUGCUAGCUUAGUUAACGUUAGUUCGCUUCUAGGCUGUUAGCUUUCCCAUAAACGAGCUAACAGUAGUAACGUCAGCGUGUCAAAAGUAAGCUCAGGGAGUUUGCUAGAUACAUAUUUUUUUAAUAAAAGUUCAACGCAUAUCUUUAGGAUUAUGAGUUUCGGAUGUUCUGUGUAACAAAUAUCAUCUCUUAUUUUGUUGUGGACAGCUUUGUCUGGACUUCGACAGAAGAACAUGCUAAAUCCGGCAAACGGUGACCCGGUCCACGUCGUUACAAAUUAUGUGGAAGAAUAUUUGGACUUGGUCGAAUCACUGCCAUUCGACCUACAGAGGAGCGUGUCUCUCAUGAAAGAAAUUGACGCCAAAUACCAAGAUGUCCUGCAUGAGCUGGAUGAUGCUUAUGAGCGCUACCGUCAGGAGUCUGACCCUCUCCAGCAGCGCAGAAUGCAGCUGUCCAUCCAGAGAGCUCUCAUCAGCAGCCAGGAGCUAGGAGACGAGAAGAUCCAGAUUGCUGGGCAGAUGGUGGAGUUGGUGGAGAACCGUAGCCGACAGGUGGACUGGCAUUCUGAGCUCCUCCAUGCCUCCCAGGAGAUCCCAGAGAUCCAUGUACCCACAUCAACUGCUUUGAUGACGACUGCAGCCUCCAUGAUGUCAACGUCGGCAGUGACAACCACACCGGGCAAAGCGGGUCACCACGACAAGAGGCGUGACGAGGUAACGCCAGGCUCAGUCGGUGGAGGGGAAAAGUCUGUCGGGAAACGUUCGCGGCGGCAGAAGAACGGAGAGAACCGGGAGAGCUAUGGAGGCAUGGAUCAUGGUGAUGAGGCGGGCAUGGGGGCAGCCAGGGAAAAGAGGGCCAAAAUGUCAUCGUCCAAGAAGAAGAAGAGGUCAAAGGGCAAGUCAGAGAGGGAGGUGUCACCCCCAGACCUGCCCAUCGACCCAGAUGAGCCCACCUACUGCCUGUGUGAACAGGUGUCUUACGGCGAGAUGAUUGGCUGUGAUAACGACGAGUGUCCCAUCGAGUGGUUCCACUUCUCCUGUGUGGGGCUGCAUCACAAGCCCAAGGGGAAGUGGUUCUGCCCCAAAUGCAGGGGUGAGAAUGAGAAGACCAUGGACAAGGCCCUGGAGAGGGUGAAGAAGGAGAGGGCCUACAACAGGUAGCUGCUCUACCUGGCCCAGUGAACGUUGCUUGUGGUCAUGUUUUUUUGUUAUUGUAUUUUUCUACUCCCAAUUAGUAUCAAUGCUGUUUGAAAAUGAAGAAUUGGGGCCUCCCGAGUGGCGCUUCAGUCUAAGGCACUGAGGCGUCACUACAGACCCGGGUUCGAUCCCAGGCUGUGUCGCAGCCGGCCGACCCAUGAAGCGGCACACAAUUGUCCCAGCGUCUCCGGGUUAGGGGAGGCCUUGGCCGGCCGGGGUGUCCUAUCACGCUCUAGCGACAUUUUGUGGCGGGCAGGGCGUAUGCAUGCUGAAUCGUGUCGCUAGUUGUACGGUGUUUCCUCCGACACAAUGGUGCGGCUGGCUUCCAGGUUAAGCGAGCAGUGUGUCAAGAAGCAGUGCGGCUUGGCAGGGUCGUGUUUCGGAGGAAGCAUGGCUCUCGACCUUCGCCUCUCCCGAGUCCGUACGGGAAUUGCAGCGAUGGAACAAAACUCUAGCUACCAAUUGGAUAUCACAAAAUUGGGGAGAAAAGGGGUAAAAAAAAACAAAUGAAGAAUUAGAAAGAGGGACAUGUCAUUUUAGUAAAGGCUGUACUGUAAGAUGGACAUCGUAGUUCAGGACCACUGGUUUAGAGCAGAUAUGUAAUACAGAUGAUUGUUGACGCUAGUGUAUCUUGCAUGCAACCAUACUAGCCAUAUUGCUCCGAACAAAUAAAACAUUUUAACCAAGA